ACCAUUUAAAGACCAGCAAAUCAAGAUAAUCUUCCAGGAAAUCAUCAUGAUGAACGUUACGACAGCCAUGUUUUCGCUGUCCUGUUCAACAAAUGUGACGGCAACACCUCUUGGAGGUUAUAUCAUCACCUGGAAGAUGGCUAUGGUCACUCUUAUUACAGUCCCGCUCUCAGCCAUCACCAUCAUUGGCAACAUCUUGGUUAUUGUUGCCUUCCAGGUCAAUCCUCUCCUCAGGACAGUCAGUAACUACUUCCUGUUGAGCUUGGCUGUGGCAGACCUUAUCCUGGGUACCAUCUCAAUGAACCUAUACACCACUUACAUCCUGAUGGGACGCUGGACAUUAGGCAGUCUGGCCUGUGAUGUGUGGCUGGCUGUGGAUUAUGUAGCGAGCAACGCUUCAGUUAUGAACCUGCUAGUCAUUAGCUUUGACCGUUACUUAUCCAUCACGCGACCUCUGACUUAUCGGGUCAGCCGCACGAACAGAAGGGCAGCACUGUUUAUUGCUCUGGCAUGGGGUAUAUCUUUCCUGCUUUGGGCACCAGCUAUAUUGUUCUGGCAGCACAUAGUAGGUGAAAGGACAGUGCCUGAGGAUCAGUGUGCAAUCCAGUUCCUGUCUGAGCCUGUGAUUACAUUUGGGACAGCCAUUGCCGCUUUCUACUUGCCUGUCAGUGUGAUGGUGGGUCUGUACUGGCGGGUGUACCAAGAGACAGAGAAACGUUCGCGGCAACUGGCUGGGUUAAUAGCGUCCCGUGGGGGUGACUCAAACAAGUCAUCACAGAUUUCAUUUUCUUUUUUUUUUUGUCACUAUCAGUCCCAGUCCAGUAACAGCUAUGCAAGCGACCUCGAAGAAACAAGGGUUCAGGUAACCAUCCAGCCAGAGCCAGAAGAGAGCAUUAGGACCCUGAGUCCCUCCUUCACCCAGUGCACAGCAGAAUGGUGGAAGAAGAGUAGGAUACAGUACACUGGAGCUCCAUCACACACUGUAAACAGCCCCACACAAACUGGCAUAGACUGUAUCCUCAACAGUGAUGAUGGGCAGAAAAAUGCUACAUAUAUUCCUCUUGCUCAGAUUACUAAGAGGAUGGACUUACUGAAUGAUUCUGAUGUUGAUUCUGAUGAUAUCCAAUUGGCAAACUGCCAAUCACACAGUCAACAGUCCCUCAGACAAUGUCCCACUACAACUACAGGAGCGUCACCUCUUUCACAGACAAUGACACAGAAAAUUCGUAAGCCACGUAGCUGGUCGCUGAUCAGAGAGAAGAAAGCUGCACGGACCCUGUGUGCCAUCCUACUGGCCUUCAUCGUGACAUGGACACCCUACAACAUCAUGGUGCUGGUGUCUACAUUCUGUGAGCACUGUGUUCCUGAGAGGCUCUGGCAGUUGGGGUACUGGCUUUGCUACAUCAACAGCACAGUGAACCCAGUUUGCUAUGCAUUCUGCAACAAGCACUUUCAAAUCACCUUCAAGGCUUUGUUAUUCUGCAGGUGGAGGGAACAGAGGAAGGGGAAAAGAUGGACUUUUUCACAGGACAGUUAGUCAACUCACUGGAGACUGUGGGUUCCUCUCAUUUUUUAAUUGCACUUCCUUGUUUUCUUUCUUUGCAUCCUCAGAGAGGGGAGCUAAUAAGAUACAAGCACAAGGGAAUUUAGCAAAUGAGACAUCCUUGCUCUUUGAAGUGCAGUUUUUGAGACUUGUUGCACAACUGCAUGGACUAUCACUCAACAUUACACACAUCUUACACACAGUGUAAUUAAUUUACCAUCAGUCAAAACAUUAUUUCAUAUGUACAUUGCCUUCUUAAACAUUGAUGUUUAAGCCUACAAAAUUGUAUACCAUUAACUUACCUAUGGGCAUAUCAUAAGUGAUUUGCACAUUUAACCCAUCAUUUUUUAAUUAUUAUUAUUUUCCUAUCUGUUUUGGGGAGGUGCACAAUUUUUUUACCAUCAUGGACUACAAAAAAAGACUUACUGUGUAUAUCAGGCAAGUGAUAUCCCUACUUUUAAAUUCCUCUGAACAAAUGUAAAGAAUUUGUAUGUUCAUGAUGAUGAUGAUGGAUCAAUGUCCAGGGCUGAAGAACGUAGAACUGAGUAUUAAAAAGAACAAUUUUUAUACAAUCGUCAAGAUUUUUGUUGCUUGCAUAAAGGUGUGGAUUUCUUGAACAAUGCACUAUCAACUUUGGUUUAGGUGUCACUCCAGAUUAAAUUAAGAAAAGCUUGGAUUACGAAAAAUGAAGAAGGCGGCUUAAUGUUGCAAUGAUGUUGACAUUGAAGGAGGACAUGCAAAAAGAAAAGUACACAAACAAUCAAA